AUCUUCCAUUAUAUCACCUGAAAAAAUUUUAAAAAUUAAUUUUAAAUUCACAAAACUUAGUGAUAAAUAGUUCAAAAGGUGUAGUGUGUUUUAUAUUGAUGAUAUUAAUCAAGCGAUUUAUAAUAAUUGUUGAAAGGUAGUGACUUGCAACCGUAUAAACUAUGAAUAAGAAUAAUUGUGAAGGACGAUGCACGUAAACGAUCGUCAGCAACUUUCAUGUGGGGAAAUGGAGAGUGAGAGAGAGAGGUCAUUGAGGCUUCAAAAGCUAAUCAGAAUGUCCACACCAGACAUGAUGAUGAACACAAUCAGCGAAGCUGAACAGGCUUGGAAUGAAAUGUUGGAAUGCGAGACUGGAUCUCUCCUUGGAAGGGUAACAGACCUCGAGAGACAGUCCUUGGCACAAAGGGACGAGAUAGUUUGUCUUCGUGCAACUUUGGCGGACGCAUUACGACGUAUCACCCAGUUGGAGAACAAAGAGAAGCGAGAAGAGGAAAAAAAUGAACGACUUUUGUCGUCGCCUUUGAGAAAUGGCCAUGUAUCUGUGAGAAGCGUGCAGAACUCAAUUCAUAAGGAUGCUAGGUCUAGACAGACUAUCACCUCGCCUUGUUUACGAAAUUCAUCGUCAUCAAGCUCAACUCAGGAUGUCAGGGACUCGGUUAAUUCUAAAAGACCAAUUAGCUAUGCUGCACCUUCUCAAUUACCUCAAAGACGGUCUGUUCAUUAUCAAUCUACCAGUUCUCUUCAUUCUGAUAGUCCAAGCAGCAGCAGUGUUUCACCAGUACCAUCUCCAAGUCCUAGAGCUACACCUUUACCAAGUACCAGGUCUCCAACAACUAGAACUAAUGGAGCUCCACAGAGCAGUUUAAGGCGUGCUAAACGUUGGUCAUCAACUGGCGACUUUACUCAUUCACCUCAAUUCACAUCAAAUAAUUCACAAUUGACUUCUUCAAGAUUAUCAACAUCAACCAAAUCACUGUUCAACCUCUUCAAGCCUCAGAUCCUCAACAACGUCAAGCACGGCACUCGAAACAUGCAGUACAAUGAGACAGAGAAUAGUGUGCGGAUGUAUUUACGAGGAAGGCCGAUUAUUCUCCAUGUACCAACGUCAAUAGACUCUUAUGACCCACACAAAGUCAAUACUCCACCACCGAACAAAUUAAUGCUCGACUGGGUUUAUGGAUACCGAGGAAGAGACUGCAGAAGUAAUCUUCACCUGUUGCCUACAGGGGAGAUGGUAUAUUUUGUCGCAGCUGUAGUCAUUCUUUACAAUAUGGAAGAACAUAGCCAAAGGCAUUAUUUAGGACACACUGAUGAUGUCAAGUGUAUUGCUAUUCAUCCCAAUAAAAUGGUUGUGGCAACAGGUCAAGUAGCAGGAACUGAUCGAAGAGAAUCGAUGCCCCAUAUUCGUAUCUGGCAUGCUGUCAGUUUGGCUACAUUGACAGUAAUUGGUAGUGGAGAGUUUGACGGUUCCAUUUGUUGUUUAUCUUUUUCGAAAGCUGAUGGAGGUAGUUAUCUUUGCGCAAUAGACGAGACUUCAGAGCAUAAUAUUUCAAUUUGGGAUUGGCAAAAAGGAGAACGUGGUACUAAAGUUACCGAGACAAAGUGUUCAGUCGACACGGUCGUGUGCGCCGACUGGCAUCCGCUAGAACGCAAUCAGAUAGUCUCUUGUGGCAAAGGACACGUUUCAUUCUGGUCACUUGACAAUGGUGGUAUGCUUUAUAAACGUAUGGGAGUCUUUGAGAGUCGCGAGAAACCACGUUAUGUCACGUGUUUGGCAUUUAAUCAAAAUGGAGAUGUGCUUACUGGUGAUAGCAAUGGCAACAUCAUCGUUUGGGCAAGAGGUACAAAUACAAUUGUUAGAUUAGUAAAGAGUGUCCAUGAAGGAGCAAUAUUUUCUAUAUGUGUUUUAAAGAAUGGAAAUAUCGUAAGUGGAGGAGGAAAAGAUGGGAAAAUUAUAUAUUUUGAUAAUAGUCUUGUUCCAACUGGAGUUGGUGUUCAAAUAGAAGAUCACUUUGGUGGAAUCCGAACGGUAUCAGAGGGCAGAGGAACCCAAUUGUUAAUUGGAACCACGAAAAAUUGUAUCCUAGUCGGUGACAUAGAAAUGGGCUUUUGUCCAGCUAUGCUAGGUCAUACUGAAGAAGUUUGGGGGCUCGCUGCUCAUCCAACACUUCCACAGUUUGCAACCGCUGGGCAUGACAGAUUAUUACAGAUGUGGGACAGUCUGAGUCACUCAGUUGUCUGGAGCAAGGAUAUUGGAGAACAGGCACAAAGCGUAUGCUUUUCACCUGAUGGUAAUGUCAUGGUAGUAGGUUGUGUCUCCGGCAAGUGGCUUGUCAUUGACAGCGAGUCGCGAGAGUUUUAUACUCAUCAUUCAGAUGGUUCUGAAGCUAUUCAAGUCGCACAAUACUCUCCUGAUGGAACACUCUUGGCUCUUGGAUCUCGGGACAAUUGUAUUUAUAUUUAUCAAGUUAAUGAGUCCGCCAAAAAGUACAGCAGAGUUGGUCGCUGCAUGGGACAUUCCAGCUUCGUCACGCAUUUAGAUUGGUCUGCAGAUAGCCAGUAUUUGCGUAGCAAUAGUGGAGACUAUGAAUUACUGUAUUGGAAUCCUGGUGUUUGUCGACAAAUUCCACAAUCUUCAAGUCUACGUGAUGUUGAAUGGGCCACUCACACGUGUAUUAUAUCAUUCGAGACAAUCGGUAUAUGGCCUGAAGGUGCUGAUGGUACCGAUGUGAACAAUUGUGCACGAAGCCGUGAUGGUAAAUUGCUUGCCACUGGCGAUGACUUUGGUAAAGUCAAACUAUUUUCGUAUCCAGCAUCCCAACCAAAGUCUCUUUCAUAUGUCUACGGAGGUCAUUCAAGCCAUGUAACCAAUGUUGCAUUCCUUCAGGAUGACACACGUCUAGUUUCUAGUGGAGGAGGUGACACUAGUGUUCUCCAAUGGAUUGUCAAUUAAAAGAUUUAUUAAUUUAAUCAAUUGUUUAUGGAUUAUAUAUAUAUAUAUUAUAAAUAUAAAUAUAUAAAAAAUGGU